UGGUGACGUGGCGGUGUGACCAAUCUCACCUGAUGGUGUUGGUGGCGACUCUCUCCUGUCUCCUCCUCCAUACCUCCACCACUUCCUCCUCUUCACAGUCCCUUCAAGAUGACCCUAAUACCUCAGGAGCGCCUGUGACAGAGGACCCAGUGUGGGACAUCAGACACGUGCUGCCAGAACUCAACCUGGAGAACAACAGUGUUGUUGAUGUCAAUGUUAAUGAAGGAGACGUGGCCCACCUGCCCUGCCGCUUCCCACAACUGUCUACCCUCCACCAAAAGGCGUUCCUGCUGCUGCAGGUAUCGUGGAUUCGUCGAUGGGACUGGCACAUCCUCACCACCGGCAUCUACACUUACACCAGCGACAUGCGCUUCAGUGUCCUUCACACCGAGGGCUCAGACGAUUGGACGCUGCAGAUUAAAUAUGCUCACAUCCGCGACAAUGGCACCUACGAGUGUCAGAUGUACACGGGGACGGGAGUUUUGUCUCAGUUCGUCAACCUACACGUCAACACGCCACGUGCUGCCAUCCUCGGUCCUCAGGAGCUGCACGUGCAGGAAGGUGACACCAUCACCCUCAUCUGCGUCAUCCAGCAGAGUAAGCCGCCUUUCGUCUUCUGGUACCACGGUGACAACAUGGUCAACUAUGAUGGUAAUCGUCAUCGCCUCAGCGUCAUCACAGAGGUGGAGGGCAUCAGGACGCACUCCCGUCUCACCAUCACUGACGCAAGGAGUUGGGACUCCGGCAAUUACUCCUGCGUGCCGCCUAACGUGAAGCCUGCGUUUGUCCUUGUCUUCGUCACCGAGGCAGGUGAUACAGUAGCUGCAGUACAACGAAGAGGCCACCCUGCAGCCACCGCAGAUACCUCAGGUGUUGUGAGGUUUGCAGCCACUUUGUGCACCUGCUGCCUGGCUCUCCUCAUCCACCUCCCAACCAGAUGAUCUUCCGGUCACCCACUUGCUUUAUAAAAAUGAAUAUAUGUAUAUAAAUAUAUCUUUAGAUUUGGAAGAAUGUAUGAACAUGCAUAUAAACAGAUGAUAUUACAAUAUGCAGAAGAACCACUGUGAAAAAAACUGAAUUUUCAAGCGAUUUCGUGACUUCUCACAUUAUCAAGGAACAAUAAAAAUUAAACAUCAAAAGGAAGGCAUAUAGAAAUGAAUAUAUGUAUAUGUCUAUAGAUU